UGACGUGAGGAGCGUUCCAUUUGGCCAGCGGUGGGCGGUUGCCACAGCUGGUUUAGGGCCCCGACUAUUGGGGCCCCUUGUCAGGAGGAGGCAGCCUCCGGGCUGGGGAGGAGAAGUCGCUGCCACCUCUGGCAGCUGACGCGGUCCCCUGGGAAGGUGCACUUCCUGCCCUCAGUUCCCGGCCGAGUUCGGUCUCCCGGGUUCAGGGCCCGGCUCCCCUUCCUGGUCUCUCUUCUCCCGCUGGGCCGGUUUAUCUGGAGGAGAUUGUUUUCCAGGGCUAGAAAUUGGACUUUUGAUGAUGUUUGACCCCGCGGCAGCAAUAGCAGGCAUCGUGAUAUCAAAGCUGGGCUCAGCUUCUGUUUCUUCCCUCUUGUAAUCACAAAGCCCAUUUUGGACCAGGAAUUCCAAUCAUGUCUGUGAUGGUGGUGAGAAAGAAGGUGACACGGAAGUGGGAGAAACUCCCAGGCAGGAACACCUUCUGCUGUGAUGGGCGAGUCAUGAUGGCCCGGCAAAAGGGCAUCUUCUAUUUGACCCUCUUCCUCAUCCUGGGGACAUGUACACUCUUCUUCGCCUUCGAAUGUCGCUACCUGGCUGUCCAGCUCUCUCCUGCCAUCCCUGUGUUUGCUGCCAUGCUCUUCCUUUUCUCCAUGGCUACACUGUUGAGGACCAGCUUCAGUGACCCUGGAGUGAUCCCUCGGGCCCUACCAGAUGAAGCAGCUUUCAUAGAAAUGGAGAUAGAAGCUACCAAUGGUGCAGUGCCCCAGGGCCAGCGACCACCUCCUCGUAUCAAGAAUUUCCAGAUCAACAACCAGAUUGUAAAGCUGAAAUACUGUUAUACAUGCAAGAUCUUCCGGCCUCCCCGGGCCUCCCAUUGCAGCAUCUGUGACAACUGUGUGGAGCGCUUCGACCAUCACUGCCCCUGGGUGGGGAAUUGUGUUGGAAAGAGGAACUACCGCUACUUCUACCUCUUUAUCCUAUCUCUCUCCCUCCUCACGAUUUAUGUCUUCGCCUUCAACAUCGUCUAUGUGGCUCUCAAAUCCUUGAAAAUUGGCUUCCUGGAGACGUUGAAAGAAACUCCUGGAACUGUCCUAGAAGUGCUCAUUUGCUUCUUCACACUGUGGUCCGUCGUGGGACUGACUGGAUUUCACACUUUCCUCGUGGCUCUCAACCAGACAACAAAUGAAGACAUCAAAGGCUCAUGGACGGGGAAGAAUCGCGUUCAGAAUCCCUAUAGCCAUGGCAACAUUGUGAAGAACUGCUGUGAAGUUCUGUGUGGCCCCUUGCCCCCCAGUGUGCUGGACCGAAGGGGUAUUUUGCCACUGGAGGAAAGUGGAAGUCGACCUCCCAGUACUCAAGAGACCAGUAGCAGCCUUUUGCCACAGAGCCCAGCCCCAACAGAACAUCUGAGCCCAAAUGAGAUGCCGGAGGACACCAGCACUCCUGAAGAGAUGCCACCCCCAGAGCCCCCGGAGCCACCACAGGAGGUGACUGAAGCUGAGAAGUAGCCUAUCUAUGGAAGAGACUUUUGUUUGUGUUUAAUUAGGACUGUGAGAGAUUUAAGGGGAGAAGAUAAACCUGAGACAGAGAGCAAGUGAGCUGUCCCUUUUACUGUUUUCCUUUGGUCUUUAUUCACCCAACUGCACACUGGCAUUUUCUUGCUGCAAGCUUUUUUUAAUUUCUGGACUCAAGGCAGUCACAGAAGAUGUCAGUCACCUCUGGUAACUGGACAAAUGGGUCCCUUGGGCCCCGGCACUGGCUUUCCAUGGCCUCAGCCACGGAGUCUCCUUGGACUCCCUUGUCUUUCCUCCAGAUCCCAGCUCUCCUGCUUGGGAUCAUUGGUCCAAUUCUGGGGUUAAAGGUUCUUGAGACUGGCUCAAAUCCUUUCAAGCUGCUGCAUGUCAUGAGUCCAGAGACAGUCACAGAGAACCCUGACCAGGGAAUCCUAAUUAGAUUCUUGGGGCCUUCAGAAUUGAAGAGGCUAGAGAGUGGGCGUGGAGGAUUCUCCUGGCUACAAAGUGCCAACAUUGCCAGCAAAUCCUUUCAGGAACGGGGCAGGUAACUUCCACUUGUAUUUAUUCAUGUAGCUUCUCCUUUGUCUCCUGCCCACUCUCUAACACCCAGGCCCCACUCUUCCAGUUAGAUAUAUGUAAGUAGUUACUGUAGAGAUAACAAUUCACAUUUCUUGUAGACUGUCCGGAAACUUUUUAAUACCUGUGCCAUUCUUAGUAAGAAUUUAUGAGAUGCCAAUGGCAUGGCCCCUCGCACUCUUUGUCUCAUCUCUCCUCCUUUCUCGUUAGCCCCUUUUAUUUUCCUUUUGACUCCUGCUCCCACUAGGAGCAGGAACGGCAGUAAUAAAAGUCUGCACUUUGGUGGUUCCUUUUCCUCAAAGGAAGCCUGAGUGCUCACUUAAACACUACCCCCUCAGACUCCCUGUGUGAGGCCUGUAGAGGCCCUGAAUGCACAAAUGGGGAAACCAAGGCACAGAGAGGCUCUCCUCUCCUCUCCUCUCCCCCUAUGUCCCCUCAAAAAAGAAAAAAAAAAGAAUAACCAGUACUUCCAUUAGGCCUCGGCUGAGUGAGGAGGGAAAGCCCAGCACUGCUGCCCUCCAGGGUAAACCCACUCCAAGGCCUUGGCCCACCUCGGGCUUGGUAACCACACGGGGGCUUCCUCCAAGCCCCACUCUUCCAGCACUUCCACCGGCAGAGUCCCAGAGCCGCUUCAUCCUGGGGGUGGGCCAUGGCCCCCAGUCAGCUCUGCUCAGGACCUGCUCUAUUUCAGGGAAGAAGAUUUAUGUAUUAUAUGUGGCUAUAUUUCCUAAAGCACCUGUGUUUUUCUCUUUCUAAGCCAGGGUCCUGUCUGGAUGACUUACGGGGAGGGGGGGGGAGUGUAAACCAGAACUUUUAAUCUAUUUGAAGGUGAUUAAACUGUGUCUAAUGCAAACUGCCUGCCUCCUCCUUCCCCCUUCCAUUUCAAGAACCACCAUGAGGUUGUGAAUGUCUGUGUGGGGGUGGGGGUGGGGGUUGAAGGGGUUGCUUGUUACUACCCAUACUUCCAUUUUCUAGGGGGCCCUUGUGUUGGAGAGAUAGCUCCCAAACUCUCCAUUGAUCUAUACCACAUUCAGGCUGAAGUUUACCUUAUUCCGGGCUAUGAGAAAAGGGCUUUCAAGGCAAUAUACAGUGUUAACAAGAUUGGGAGGGUCAGAGGGGAUUAUAUUCACUGAAAAAUACCUGUUCUUUAUUAGGAUAUUGUUUUUAUGCAGAGGGAUGCUGUUAAUUGCAAAUGAGUCUUGGUUAUUGAAGCAGGUUCAUCAGGGCCUCCUCUUGGAAAUACUUUGUUAGUGAUCUUUUAUAAGUGAUGGUAUAUAUUUCUUUUUAAAUGGUCUAAAGUCAAGACCCCUUACCAAUGCCUAUCUCACCCUUCCUAGCUAAUUAAAAUUAAUGAAAUUUGGCUGCUUCCAGAUUUUUCUGUAUGUCUUCCUAUUUUCCUUGUCGCAGGGGUUGAGUGUAAUAGUCCUUAGGGAGAGUCUGGCUCUGACUGACUCAGAUUCCUCUCCUAUCUCCCUCCACUUUCCCAUUGUUUUUGUGAAUCUUUCAGGUUUAUCCUUGUAGUUAGAUUUUAGUUAGUUCAAAAUAAGGCCAAGCCUCAAGAGUUUGGAAGUUGUUAGGUUUUUCCAGUUAACCUGACACUCAGAUGAUCCCCUUUUUAGUCAGUUCUCAGCCUACCCUGUCUCAGCCCAUCUUUUCUUUUGGAUUAGGACAGAUUCUCUCCUCGCUCAACUUAACCUCAACCACUCUUCUGCUGACCCUGAGGUCUGUCAGAGAAGCUUUCUCUCUGAGAUGAAGGGUAAACCUGGAGAUCCCUUAUCUCUAGUGUGAAAUCAGUUUUUUAAAAGUUUCUGCUUUUUUCAUACUCCCUGCCCUCUUUAUUUCCCUUUAUAAAUCCUCUGUAUUUAAGGCCUUGGCCUAAAGAUCUGUCCCAUUCAUACCACGCACCAGCUGGGACCUAGUCUGAGUGAUGGAUCACAGAGGGGAUUGAAGAAUUGGUUCUUCCCGGGGGAAUAGGCCUUAAAUUGUUCACUCUUUUCAAUACCUGACAUUCUUUCCACCUCUCCCCUUCCUCUCCAUCCCUUAAGUUUCCUAUGUACCCCACUUCCCCAGGCCAGGGUGGCUGGCACAGAUCCAAAACCCCUAAGGAGUGGUGGGAUUUGGCUGUUUGGGACCAUUUCUUCAUGUCCAUUUGGCUCCGGGGGCCUUCUUUGCCCUAGCAGAGAGUGUCAUCUCCCCCUUUGCAUUUUUUCCCAGUGGCAGAUGUGGGUUCUAAUUCUGUAGCAGCUAAAUUCCAUUCUUCCUGCCCUGCCCUUCCUGCCUUUGCCCCUAAGGUCCCUUUUCCUACUGACCAAAUCUCUUUACCUUGUUGCGGAAAAAAAAGUAUUUUGUUUUUAAAUCUAUUUUCUAACUUAAAUGCAAUUUAAUAUGUAAAACUCUGCACUUUUGUGUGAAUCUACAAAUGUGUAUGUGUGGUAGGUUUUUCACUCUCUGGUAUUUCUUAAUAAAGAAAUCUUUCUUUUUGGGGUGAAGCCAA